AUGUCUGUCACCACUACCGUCACCAAACAGGACCAACCCAACCCGAACCUCCACGGUUUCGGGCGAAUGCGUGUUGAUGGAACCGAUAAGGAGUUUGGCGAUUUCCGCGAUGAGCUAACCAAGAACGGGUUUGUCGUCGUGAAGGGGGCUAUUCCCCACGAGAAGUCCUUGCAAUAUGCCGACAAGAUGCACUCAUGGCUUGAAAAUUUCAACCUGGGCUACGACCGCAACGAUCUCUCCACCGUUCACAAAGACAAUCUCCCAGUCAUCAACGAGAAGGGCAUGUGUCUUAACUAUGGCCUUUCCCAUGAAGAUUUUGUGUGGGGAAUCCGCAGUGAGCCAGGAGUCAUAAGCGCUUUCGAGAAGAUCUACGAUGACGAAGAUCUGAUCGUCUCGUUUGACGCCAUCAACUUCCAGUUCCCAAACCGCACUGAUAUCGCGCCUAACAAACCCUGGCCUCACCAGGACCAGGAUCCUGCCAAGCCCGGAUUCCGCUGCAUGCAAGGUCUAGUCAACAUGCUACCCAACGGCCCAGAUGACGGUGGCCUAAUCGUUUGUCGAGGAGGCCAUCUUCUAUCCGAGCAGUUCCACAAAGAAAUGGCCGACGAGGAGCGAAUUCCAGCAUGGACACCGGAAUGGUAUGGAUUUACCGACCGAGGAAUGAAGUGGCUGGAAGACCACGGUUGCAAGUGGGAGAAGGUAUGCGCCGAACCUGGUGAUCUUCUACUGUGGGACUCGCGCACGCCCCACUACAAUCUCAGCCCCACUAAGGAGCAGCCUCGUUUCGCGAUUUACACUUGCUUCAUGCCUGUUGCAGAUGCGACGCAGGAUGAUCUGCAUCGGAAGAAAGAUGCUUUUGAGCGUCGGGUUGGCACCACACACUGGCCAAACGCCAAACACACUGGAUCGAACGUUGCUCAGCGUGAUGGGAAGGAAGACCCUCAUAACCGAUCUGUACCUCUGAAUGAUCCUAAACUGAGCGAGAGGGCAUUCAGGUUGACAGGAAUUCCUUAUAUCAAGGAGAUUGAUCUGAGUAAGCAGACAUUGGUUGCUGCUUGA